CAGGACACCACCUCGACCUCCUCGAUAAUUAUAUGUUACUUCUUGCGUUACCUACUAGGUACCUUACCUUACGGAAACUGUCCAACAUCAACAUCACUUUAUCUCAUCAACCUACCGAUCGACUUAUCCUUCAGCCGUCAGACAUAUAGAGACUUUACUAAUCCAACGAUACACUAGGCUGGUGCUCCGCCUCGCGAAGCAUAUUCUGCCUCGAUUCCAUCUCCGCAACUGGGUUGCGGCCCGAGUCAACACCUCUGGACUUCCAGGUCAAAACAUCAACUCAUCAUCGACCAAGCGCACGACACCCUUGACGACCUGAUCUACGUUCUUCCAUCUCGCCGAAUUCUACCACUUUCGCUCGAUAACCCUCGCUAUACAGAACGCCGCAGGCAACGACUCUCUGAGUUGGGCAGACGCAACGUCAUCACCAUGAACAUCCUCUACUCGACGGUGAACACGCUCCGCGACCGCUACACACCGGUAUCCCACACAUCGACUUUCCGACAGUCGGGCCAGAUCACACCGGAAGAGUUCGUCGCGGCGGGAGACUACCUCGUCUCCAAGUUCCCCACCUGGUCGUGGGGCGACGCCGACGAUGCCUCUCGCCGCGUCAACUACCUGCCCCCCGGAAAGCAGUACCUCGUCACUCGCAACGUGCCGUGCCAUCGCCGGCUGAACGAGGACUUUGCCGGCGACGCGGGCCACGAGGAGGCCGUAGUCGAGAGCAAGACCGGAUCCGGCGGUAACGGUGCUGGCGACGACGACGACGACGGGUGGUUGCGGACGGGCGGCCUGUCGAGCUCCCAGCCGCUCAAGGCUCGUGAUGUCCGGACGAUGGACGACUCUGGGAACGUCGGCGAACAGGAAGCGCUAGAAGAGGACGAUAUCCCCGACAUGGAGGAUGAAGAUGACGACGAGGCGAUCAUUCGGGAUACCGAGGCUAGUGGGAAAGACAGCGGCCGUAGGACAUACACGCUCUACAUCAUGUACUCGGCCUACUACCGCACCCCGCGCCUCUAUCUCUCGGGUUACCUCCCCAACGGCCAACCCCUGCCGCCCAAGUCCAUGAUGGACGACAUUGUGGGAGACUACAAGGACAAGACGGUGACGCUCGAGGACUUCCCCUUCUUCGCGAACAACGUCAAGAUGGCUAGCGUGCACCCCUGCAAGCACGCCUCCGUCAUGCGGACUCUGCUCGACCGUGCCGACGCCGCCCUCCGCAUCCGCAGGGAAAAGCUCCGGCGGGGCAAGACCGUCGGCGGGGACCAGGGCAUGGAAGGCCUCGUCGACGAGGUCGACAAGUUAGACGUGCAGGACGCCCAAGCCGCCGCCGAUAAGGGGUCGGGCGAUGAGUGGGAAGAAGUCAAGCAGAGUGAGAUUGACGAGCAGGAGGUGGCUAUCCGCGUGGAUCAAUAUCUUGUCGUGUUCCUGAAGUUCAUGGCUAGCGUUACGCCUGGAAUCGAGCACGACUUUACCAUGGGCGUAUAGUCGCGAUGGCUGGUCACUUCUAUUUUGUUAUGUCGUUCUUUGUUGCAAGCACGCUCUUAAUGAGACACUGACAAUCGUUGGACAUGGACGGAGUACGGCUCUUGAGUUUGGUUUGCUGCCCAUUUAAGGGCCAGGGCGAGGAGGGGGAGGGAUAGGGCAAUGGUUGGGUAGGCCUAGGUAAUGAAGGGCGGGUAGAC